UUUCCGUCCGCAUUAGUAACAAAAUAUGGCAGUUGUUGGGAAAUAAAUACACUUUCACAACUUGCUUAGCCUGUUUCAUUUUUCAAACGCAUUAACGGGAUGAAUAGCGAGAGAUAUAAACACAGCAGUACUUGGAAUAAUUUAGAAAUGAAAAGAGCACUUAAAGAUGUCCAAGCGGAUGUACCACCCAUGUCAUAAAUUGAGUGUUCCGUCCGCAAAACUGUUCUGGUGUCGACAUUGUAUGCAGAUGUUUGAAGAUGCCAUCUCCAGAUGGAAACACAGCCGCAUAUGUCAUAGUGUGAGAGGAUAUAAACAUAAGAGCACAAAUUCUAAGGUGAUUCAGAUGUAUGUGAAGCCUGAUGUGGUAUCCUACACCAGUAACGUUUCACCAGGUCAAGGAGUGUACCACAGGCCAGUUGUAAAACAGACAUCUGCUGACCUUGUAUGCCUUAUUUGUCACACAAAGUUUGAAAAUAUUCAUGAUAUGCGCAAACAUGUGAUUAAUCCAUGUCAACGUGGCUCUGAUUUGAGUGUUAAUAGUUUUCUUCAUCAAAGUGUAGGACUUGGAAGGAACGACAAUCAGAUUGGUUCCAUAAGAAUUGAACGAGUUGAAACUUCUGAGGACGACCUAGCUACAGCAAACACUUCGCUGUCUGUGUUGGCAGAGGCAUCUAAACACGUAGAGUCACUUGCCCUUGGAGUUGGGGUCAUUGAGGAGACAACUGAAGUGGAGCAGUGUGUUGCUGAGUACUGCCAAGAAACAUUCACAGUUGAUAAUUGUGACACAUCCAGCCAGGCAGUUGUGCUUUCCACUGAGUUAGGUGAGUUACUAGUGCGUACUGAUCUUGAGCGGUUGGUGCUGUUACUGGAGGGUGACCGCAGCCUGCCCACUGAGGAGGUGUUCACAGCGGACGUGUUACACAACUGCCUGCUGGAGACUGCCCAGUGCCUGCAGCCAGGACAAGUCAUACAAGCUGAGUUGCAGUGCUGCAACAGGGCUGUACAUCAGUUUGUUGUUGGUCUGGACUUGAAGCCAAUCCCGUACCACAGUGUUGAAGUCCCUGAGGCUGACUCUGAGGGAGUCGAGAACAGCCAGACUGUUAUAGUGGAAAACGCAGAACAAUUAUCUGAAAUAAAUACAGCUCAGAAUAGCGCAUACUACCAACAACAAAAUUUCCGAUUUGGCGUGGAAGACUUGUAUAGUAAAAUUGAGGGUAAUGUACAUUCCAACGAAAAUCGUGUGAAUUUGGUUGCAAAUCAAGUUAGCAGUUGCAAGAACUUGAUAUUUGGCGAGCAGAUUCCUGUGAAUCAAUCUGGAAGUUGUGAUUUACUUGUGGACAAAACUUGUGGACAAAAAGUUGGCUCAAAGUUGCAAGAAAUAUUGACUCUUCCAAUAGAGUGUAUUCACUUUGUGCCUGUAGUGUCCAGUACUGCUAGCCUUGUUGUCUCCACCAGUUUAGUACCAGACUCAACUGCUUUCACACAAUCAGAAUUGCAGACUGUGGUGAACACCUCACACACGACCAUCAUUCCAUAAUCAGCACUGAAAUUCAACCUUGCAUCGAUCUAUAAGAUUAGUAAAGAAUGGCUGAUUUGUUUGGGUUUGAGGAGCUUACAAAUGAAGUCUCUGAGAGAAGCAAUCUUCAGGACAGUCAGCCAUCUGUAAGCCAAGGCGUGGAGGAAAAGAAAAUUUUCCAGCAAAGGA